ACGUCACUACGUCAGAACGAGGCUUGUAAAAAUUGAAAGAAGAGAUCAUUUGGAUUUCGGAUGUGUCAAAAAUGACAAGAAAUAGGACUUAACAUCCAUCAAGUUCAUGAAAAUCUCAGUUCUCAUCAAUCUGUUCUGAAGUCUUAAGUGUACAUUCCUGCAGUUCUAUGUGAUCUUGCCAAAUUCUACAAAGACACAAAACAGCUUGAAAAUGGAUAUACAACUUACAGAUUAUUAGAUGAUAAUCUACUUAAUUUAAGGAAAUAGUAUAAUCACCAUGGCAUCAGAUAGCCUUGAUAUUGAUAAUGAGCCCAAGAUGGCUACCAGUCUACCCAAAGUGCAUUAUAUGCCUUUUGAGAACACCGAAAACCCAUCUCAGAAAAAUGCUGAGAUUGCAAAAAUUUUAAUCAAUGGAGAUGCACACUCAAAGUCAGAUCAAAAUCCGUCAUCGAAUCUGUUAACAAAUGGAUUUCCUGAAAAUUGUAACCACGCUGAUAGUGUUGUUGCUAAUGGUGAUUGUAGCCAUGGAAAUGAGGAUAAAACAGACCCUGGUGAUGGUGAACCUGGAAGUCCAGAAAAGCAUUUAUUCAUAAAGAAACAAAAUAGUCGUGGAUCUUUAAAAAAACACAAAUUAGAUUUUAAAAAUCCCAGUCCCGAUGGUUCUAUAAAUAGUUCUCCUCGAUCUCAAAAACAGCAACAACAACAACAGCAGCAAAUAGACAUUCAAAAUAUAGUCACAUCCCAUAUUAGCAAUGGGAUAAAUAUAUCCAGAACUGACAACAAAGAAAGGCCUCAGACCCCAGAUCAGGAACUUUGCUCAGAAAUCUCAACACCCGAAAAGUUUCAAACAAACAGUGUCAAUGGAUCCCAUCAUCCAGAUGAAAACAGACUUGAUCCCAAAUCUAUGGACCUCGCUCUCGAUAUAAAUUCAAUGUCCAUUCAAAGUAAAGAUAGUGGAUACUUUGGUGGCAAUUAUAGUUCAUCGAAUAUGAGUCCUAUAAUGAGCCCUCGGAGUGGUAGGAAAAAGAAGUCUCCCCCAAAGCAAUCCUGGCUUCUAAGACUGUUUGAAUCGAAGAUGUUUGAUAUGUCUAUAGCAAUAACCUACUUAUUUAGUUCCAAAGAACAUGGUGUACAAAUAUAUAUAGGGAACAAAAUGUUCAGCUUUAAUGAUGAGAGUGUUGACUUCUACCUGCCUCAAUUGCUGAACAUGUAUAUCCACAUGCAUGACGUUGCAGAGGCUUUACACCCAUACCUAGUGUCAAGGUGUCGCACAAGUGUUGAAUUCUCAGUUAAAUGUGCUUGGCUGCUGAAUGCCUUCACAGCAAAUGUACACAAACCUACUUGGAAGAACUCACAAGGUGUAAAACUGAAAAAUAUGAUCAUCAAUGAGGAAUUGAGGCCCCUCAAACACAAGAGCCCUUCUAGUCCCACAAGGCCAGAGCCCUCUACACUGAGCCCUACAACCCCAAGCAAGAAAACACACAAGAGGUCACAAUCGGAUGCUACAGGUGCUUAUAUGAACACUGGUCUGAAGCGCACAGCAAGCAAUGGUAGUACAAGGUCCCUACUCCCUGGGGACUUGAUGACAGGGAAGGCAUUUGACAGCGGCUGUAUGUGUCAUGAAUCAUCUGAAGCUGUGCUGGAUGACCUGCUGGGGAAACACACUGUUUGCCAUUGUGAUUCAGCCAGGCUUACACCACAGUUAGAGUUUGUCAAGGCCAUGCUGAAUAUUGGCAAGAAGCUCCAGGCGCUACCCACCAAAGAACUUAGGACUCAACGACUCAUAGCAGAACUAUCCAUGUUGAACCUGAACCUUCCCGCCAAGGUUUGGCUACCUACUGAACAGAACAGUGACCACCAUAUUGUCCGCAUACCACAUACCUCAGCAGUUGUCCUCAACUCCAAGGAAAAGGCACCAUACUUGAUAUAUGUGGAAGUAGUGAGUUGUGACAGCGCUGUAGCUGCACCUCCCCCACAGAAAAUUUUAGAGAACACGUUGCGCUAUACUAAGUCUGAAGAAGAUUUGACUUCAUUUUAUACCAACAAAUUAGAUGUUUAUCCAAGACCUGAAAUGCCCUUAUAUGGGAAUGCAGAGUUUGAUGAUGCUGAUUGUUGGUCUCAAGAAGAUGAUGAAAUCAUUCAGUUUGCAAUGAAGGUGAAACAGAGUGACACAAUAUCUCAGUUCUCUACUGAAAGUUCAACGAGUGCAGACAGCAAGGAUCCUGUCUAUAUAGCUGCAGGUGACAUCCGUAGAAGACUUUCAGAGAACAUAGCAGCCCCCAAGACAAAGUUUGAGCGCGAUCCUGAAGAUCCAUCGGCUGCAGCACUCAAGGAACCCUGGGAGGAGAAAAUACAACGGAUACGAGAGUCAUCGCCAUAUGGACACCAUAGCAACUGGAAACUGAUGCCAGUUAUCAUCAAAUGUGGAGAUGAUUUAAGGCAGGAGCUAAUUGCCUAUCAGGUCCUCCAGCAGUUAAAGAACAUCUGGCAAAUGGAGCAUGUUCCUCUGUGGAUCAGGCCCUACAACAUUGUAGUGACAUCUUCAGACAGUGGCAUCAUAGAGGCCAUUGUGAAUGCUGUAUCCCUACACCAGAUCAAGAAAAACAGUAAAAUGUCCCUCCUGAACUACUUUAUUCAUGAGUAUGGUCCUCCCAAUAGUGAGGAGUUCCUGGAAGCUCAGAGGAACUUUGUUCAGAGCUGUGCUGGUUAUUGUAUGGUGUGCUAUCUUAUGCAGGUCAAAGAUAGACACAAUGGGAACAUCUUGUUGGAUGCUGAGGGUCACAUGAUCCACAUUGACUUUGGCUUCAUCCUCUCAAGUUCUCCGGGAAAGAACAUGGGGUUUGAGAGUGCAUCAUUUAAGCUAACUCAGGAGUUUGUUGAGGUGAUGGGAGGCGAAGGUUCUGACAUGUUUGAAUAUUUCAAGAUCCUUCUUCUACAGGGAUUUGUGUCUUCUAGGAAACACAUGGAUAAAAUACUACCUCUAGUCGAGAUAAUGCAGAUGGGCUCUACUCUGCCAUGCUUCAGUAAAGGUGUCACCACUAUACGUUCCAUGCGGGACAGGUUCCAUCUGAACCUUACAGAGGAGCAACUCCAGCUCCUUGUGGACCAAAUGGUUGAAGGCAGCAUCAACUCCCUAACAACCAAACUGUAUGAUGGAUUCCAGUACUGGACUAAUGGCAUUUUAUAAACACGUGACAUUUGUGGACAUUUUAUGGAUAUUAUGUACGAAAAAUAAUUAUCAAAAUUCACAAGUGCUUUUCUUUUAUGGACAUACUCUUCCAGUGUUUCAUAUACCAAAGCAUGAGCUCCUCAAGUUAUAUUGGUUUUCUAGAGUACAAUAUAUCAUAUUUUCCACAUAAAAAAUGAUAGAUCCCAGUAGAUAGUGAGUUAUAUAGAAUUGUAAAAUUGUGCAGUAUAAUAUUGUAUUUGUAAAAUAUAUAAUCAACUACUUAUUGUACAAAGAAAUAUACAAUUCAACAGUCAUAAUGACAAAUCAUAUUUUUUCAAACUCUCAAGAUGGGCUAGCAAUUUUAGAACACCGUUGUAAAAUAUCAUGGACCAAGGUAUUAAUGUGGUGGAAAACACUGAAUUUGAAGCUUAGCAAAAUGAAACAGAAAGAAUAGAAAAGCAGUAAUUUUUGAGGAGAUUUUGACGUAAGAUUUGUGCUCAAUUCUCACUGAAGAAAAGUAAUACUUAACUUAUUUUAAACAGGACAAUUUUAAAAUAGCUUUGAAUAAGAUAAAUACUACUGGCCAAAAGCAUGCCAAAGAUACUGUAUAGAAUAUACUGUAAAUUGUUAUAAUUUGGAGCCCACUUUUUGAUGGUAAACUCUGUCCAAUAUUGACACCAAUUUUAAUCCCAAUUACUGUUUAUAUGUUAUUCUGUUGUAUUUCAGGGGAUUUUUGCAACUAUCUAACAAUUAAAUUGCCAGGGUCUUGAAGAUUUUGAAAAUACAAUAUAUGUAAAAUCAAAAAGUGACAAAUUAAACCAAUUUACAGUAUACCUUUGUACUUAAUUUCCUCAACUGCUAGUGGGGGGUAUAAUACAGACUGUACAGAUACAGAUCUGGCAUAUGCCUUUCUCAAUUUGAGAAGUUUAACAAAUUCCACAUUGUACAUAAUGUAAAUGAAUUGAUUGUAUGGACCUUUUAAUGCUUGAACCAAAAGAUGCUUAUAUUAGUAGCAAAGAAAAUGCAUGAAAUUGUAACUGUACUGCAAUUGUAUAAGUGAAGAUGUAUAUAAACAAAACAAUGCAAUAAAAUAAUGAAUAUUUAAUGGAA